CCUCCAGGCGGGAGGCCGUGCCCGGCGCAGAGCUCAGGUCUCCCCACCUGCCGGUCCGCGGCUGGGGCGGGAGCAGCGGGGAGCGCCCUCCUUCCCACGCGACUCUUGGCAGAGUUGGAGACGUUCCUCCAGGCGUCCCUGCGGGUCUCCGGGGCCGCCCGCGCCGCCGCCCCAGCCCGCAGAGGCAGCAGCCCGCCGUGGGGCGCCCGCAGCGGCGCCUCGGCCGGACGCCGCCCGCCGCCAGGCCCGGCCCCGGGGGCGCGGCCGCCGGCUUCCGUGUGCCCCAGGGGGCUCCGGGCUACGAGCCGCCGCCGCCAGGCUUUCGACAAAACCCCCUUGACCACCAAGGCCAGCCUCUUCCUGAAAGCCCGCGCGCCCCGAUACAGGAAGUGGAAGGGAGCGGGCGCUCCGAGCGCAGCGGCUCCCCACCCGGCGCGGGGCUGGCGGCGGCGCCCGCCCGGGCCCUUCCAGAGGGCCAGCGCCAGGGCCAUGCGGGCGCCCAGGCCACCGCGGCCCGCGCCGCCCGGCGCCUGAGCCCCUCCGAUCGCCGUUCCCGAGCUGCUGGAGGCAUGAUCCGACUGGCCGGGGCGCCCGCGCGCGGGGACCCCGCGGGUCCUCUUCCAGAUGUCGGCAAAGGAGAGGGCGAGGAGGAGGAGGAGGAAGACGGCGGGCCGCCUUGUCCGCCAGCCGCCCCGAAGAACUGCCUUCCUCGCCGAGGCAUCAGCGUCCUGGAGAAGCUCAUCAAAACGUGCCCGGUGUGGCUGCAGCUGGGGCUGGGCCGGGCGGAGGCGGCCAGGAUCCUGCACCAGGAGGUGGCCGGGACGUUCCUGGUCCGCCGGGACAGCAGCUCGAAGCAGCUGGUGCUCUGUGUCCACUUCCCUUCCCCGAACGAGAGCUCAUCCGAGGUACUCGAAUACACCAUUAAAGAAGAAAAAUCGAUCUUGUACCUGGAAGGCUCGGUUCUCGUGUUUGAGGACAUCUUCAGACUGAUCGCUUUCUACUGUGUCAGUAGAGAUUUACUGCCCUUCACGCUGCGACUGCCCCGGGCCGUCCUUGAGGCCAGCAGCUUCACAGACCUCGAGACCAUCUCCAACCUGGGCCUGGGCUUCUGGGGCUCCUCGCUGAACCCCCCACGAGGAGGGGGGAGCCCAGGGAAGCCCUCAAGAGACCCGGCGCCCGGAGCGCCCCCCGCCUCCAGCCUCCGGUCGGCCUCCCAUCGCGAAAACUGUGCGUGCGAGAUCAAGCUGUCCGCAGGAAACGACCGCCUGUGGUUCGUGAGCCCCAUCUUCAUCGAAGACUGCGGCAGUGCCCCGCCCGCCGACCAGCCGCCCCCUGGAAGCUGUCCCUCGCACCCCUCGCCUCCCACCUCUGAUGCUACCUCACCCACCGCCAGGUGGGCCCCUCGCCGCCCGGCGCCCCCUCCCCCGACGCCCCCUCUCCCUCCCCCUGGCCCGGCCCAGCCUCCUGCGCCCCCAGCUCCUGCUCAGGCCUGUCCUUUACCCAGUUCUCUCCCAGUGGCGGCUGCUCCCCCACCUUCAGAGGCCCUUCCUCCCACACCCCCAGCAUCCGCCCCUCACCUCACACCCCAGGCCCCAGGCCCCCCAGACCAUCCCAGCCAGCCACCCAUGACAGCCUGCGAGAGGCUCCCACGCCCCUCCACGGGCCUCGGCUCCCUCAGGGAGGAAGAGAUGAAGCCAGGGACAGCCCCCGGCCCCUUGCAGCAGGCCCCCAGCCCUCCACUGCCGGUGAAGAAGAGCCUCCCAGCUGCUCCCCCCAGGCGCCGCAUCCCUGAGAAGACCUCCCUGCAGGACCAGGACGUGGGGAUGGCGGCCAGGGGGAUGGCGGCAGAGGGCGACCAGCUAGGUCUUUCCAGGACGUCCCAGCUCAGCCUGCCCCCCCAAGGGACCUCAGACAGUCCUGAGGACAGGCCUCCGAGGACCACGGGGCAAGGCCAGGAAGCAGCGGCCAGCGAGCCGGGCAGCCUGCCAGAGCUGCCGAGAAAGAUCCGGCAGCCCCCCGUCCCGCCCCCCAGGAAGAAACGGGUGUCCCGGCAGCUGGCCUCAGCCCUCUCCAGUCCCUCGGAGAGAGCCGAGCUCCCCACGGAGGAGACGGUGCCUGAGAAAGCCACGUCGGGGCCCCCCAGGGAGGGCCAUGGCCCUGCCUCCCAAGCCGGGGCUCAGAGGCCACACGGCCGGGCCCCCGCCCGACCCCAGAGCACGCCCGAGUUCAAGGGCUCCCUGGCCUCCCUCUCGGACAGUUUGGGAAUGUCGGCCUCGGCCACUGACCAGGACUCCUACUCGACCAGCAGCACAGAGGAGGAGCUGGAGCAGUUCAGCAGCCCCAGCCUGAAGAAGAAGUCGUCGAUGAUCCUGGGCAAGGCCCGCCACCGCCUGAGCUUCGCGAGCUUCAGCAACGUCUUCCACGCCUUCCUCUCCACCAACCGCAAGCUCUACAAGAGGGUGGUGGAGCUGGCCCAGGACAAGGCCUCGUACUUCGGCAACCUGGUGCAGGACUACCACGUGUACAGCCUGGAGAUGAUGGCGCGCCAGACCUCCAGCACCGAGAUGCUGCAGGAGAUCCGCACCAUGAUGACCCAGCUCAAGAGCUACCUGCUGCAGAGCACCGAGCUCAAGGCCCUGGUGGACCCCGUCCUGCACUCGGAGGAGGAGCUGGAAGCGAUUGUGGAGUCGGCCCUGUGCAAGUGUGUCUUGAAGCCCCUGAAGGAGGCCAUCAACUCGUGCCUGCACGAGAUCCACAGCAAGGACGGCUCGCUGCAGCAGCUCAAGGAGAACCAGCUGGUGAUCCUGGCCACCACCACCACCGACCUGGGCGUGACCACCAGCGUGCCCGAGGUGCCCACCAUGGAGAAGAUCCUGCAGAAGUUCGCCAGCAUGCACAAGGCCUACUCGCCCGAGAAGAAGAUCUCCAUCCUGCUGAAGACCUGUAAGCUCAUCUACGACUCCAUGGCCACUGGCAACCCAGGGAAGCCCUACGGGGCAGACGACUUCCUGCCCGUGCUCAUGUAUGUGCUGGCGCGCAGCAACCUCACAGAGAUGCUCCUCGACGUGGAGUACAUGAUGGAGCUCAUGGACCCGGCCCUGCAGCUGGGGGAGGGUUCCUACUAUCUGACCACCACCUACGGGGCCCUGGAACACAUCAAGAACUACGACAAGAUCACGGUGACCCGGCAGCUGAGCGUGGAGGUGCAGGACUCCAUCCACCGCUGGGAGCGCCGGCGCACGCUCAACAAGGCCCGGGCCUCCCGCUCCUCGGUGCAGGACUUCAUCUGCGUGUCGUACCUGGAGCCCGAGCAGCAGUCGCGGACGCUGGCGUCGCGGGCGGACACCCUGGCCGAGGCGCUGUGCGCGCAGUGCGCCGAGAAGUUCGAGGUGGCGCAGCCGCAGGACCACCGGCUCUUCGUGCUGGUGGACGGGCGCUGCUUCCAGCUGGCGGACGAGGCGCUGCCGCACCGCAUCAAGGGCUACCUGCUGCGGAGCGAGCCCAAGCGCGACUUCCACUUCGUGUACCGGCCCCUGGACGGCGGCGGCGGGGGCCCGCCCUGCCUCGUGGUGCGGGAGCCCAACUUCCUGUGAGGGGGCCGCUGUCGCCCCCCGGGGGGUGGCACCGGGACUGGCGGGGCAGCCUGGGCUCGCCCUCGCUCCCCCGGCGCACACACACUCGGCUGCACCCACUCACAUGCAGGAGCCCCCCAACCAAUCACACCCAUGCGCGCUCCCGGCCUGGAUGCCGCCCCACACAUGCUUACCACGCGCUGAGCGUGCGAGGCCAACAUGGCGGGGCAGUUGUGAGAAUACCAUGAAGCAGCGGCCCAGUGUGCUUCCUGGAGGAGGGCCAUAACCCUGAGAGGCCAAGUUCUUCAAUAGACGGAAAGGGAAACUGAGGCUCGGCAAGAGAGGGGACUCUCCAGCCCCUGCAGCACACGGCCCAAGCCUGGUUCACACGCAGCCCCUCAGGCCGGCCCUCUGCCCACCCCCCAUGCCAGCCCAGUCCUCAGUCUUUCCCCCGAAGGGCUGAGUUUCCCGGGACUGUCCUCAGGAGGAGUGGCCUGGCCCCAGCUGCCCCCACCCCAUGCCCCCAGGAUGCAGCUGGGGUGUUUUGGACCCACCCAGCAUCUCAGGAGCAUCUCUCAGGAUGUGCAUUGAGGAGACAGGCCCCCCGUCCCUGCACCGGGGCCUGCCCUCAGCUGCCAGCACCCACAGCCCACAGUCCCCCUGCAGCUCCCGAGCCUCGCCAGAAGCAGCCGGACGGACACUGGGAUGGCCAAGUGAGGCCAGCUCCACGGCCGCAUGGACAAGCCCGGCCUCGGCCACCGGGGAACACUGUCGGGGCUUUCCCUGGUGGGCACACCCAGGGCUGUGGUGGUUGUGGCAAGACGCUCUGUGUGGGGAGAGUUUAAUAAAAGCCCUUUUGAAAAUGGCA